GCUGAUUCUGAUCCAGUUGGUCAGCCAGUGAGAGAGGGGGAGAGAGGGGUGAGGGUGCGAGAAUGGCGGCCGUGCAGUGCACCAGAUGCACGGCAGAAAAAAGAGGGUUUCGGCGGGAACUUGAUUCUUGGCGACAUAGACUGAUACACUGCGUUGGAUUUGAGAGUAUUCUGGAGGGAGUCUAUGGCCCAUUGCUGCUGAAAGAUCUACAUUUAUUUAACGACUGUGAACCUGAAGAGGUGGAUGACUGGUCUGCAGAAGCGAGCUGCUCCCAUUGUUCAUUCUGUAACGUUCCACUGGACAAACUUAGCGAUCAAGCACCUGCAGCCACAUCGCCUCUCUCCUCCCCCUCAGAUUACUCUCCGUGUCAGACCUCAACUAUCUCCGAGAGCAGCCAAUCAGCGCACAAGUUCCUUCAAGCUGUGUUUCACAAAAAAGAUGUGACCUUAGACUGUGAUUCAAAUGUUCCACUGGUGGCCCAAAGGCUGAUGAAGAAGAUGAUACAUCAGUUUGCUGUCGAGUAUGCAUCCAAAUGUCGGCUCCUCGCCAGUACAAAUGGUGUCGCUAGAUGCUCAUCAUCGUUGUCAGAAACAUCAGAUGGCCCUUUGGAUCUCACAGUAAGCCGAACACUUGAAGCAAAAGAGAGAAAAGUUGAACCAGAUGGUGUGCUGGAUCUCUCAAACAGAAACAUUUCAAGCUUAACAACUUUGUCAUCAUCUGUUCACAAAGCCUCAGGUUGCAGGCUGUCAUCAAUUCCAGAAGAACGAGGAGUGGGACAACAAGGGGCGAGGAGUUCUGCGUUGGAUGCUGUUCUGCAUUCUCUUUGUCCAGCUCACAGAUCCUUGCUGUACCAGUUUUUUAAGCAUGCUAGCCAGGAAAACAUGUUCCUUAAUCAUAGAUGUGCUGGUCAGAAUGAAUUUCACUGCUGUCAUUGUGGUGUGGGCCCACAGGAAAGAUCAUCCAAUUCAGUCCUUUCUAUUGAAUUGAAUGAAUCUCKAAGUAUCAACGUGUGCUGCUCUUCAAGUGGUUGUGAUCACAGCCAUUGUAGUGUUGGGUACCAUCCAGGGGACUCCAAGUCUAGCUGUUGCACCUACCACCAUCCUUUUAAAGUCUGUAACAGUGAAGGUCAGAGAGGCUCAAGCUGUGGCUGCAUGCAGAUUUGCAGGGUGGAAGCUUAUUCUGGUCCAUGCUCCAAGAGAUUACACUGCAGUUCCUGUCAGAUCUGGGCAGCAGGCCACAGAAACAACACAGAGAGUUUAUCUGCAUCCACUCCUCUGCCCCAUUCUUGUACAUCCUCCCCCAAAUACUGCUCAUCUGUAUUUUAUAAGCACAGCACCCACUGUUGUUCCUUUGGUCAACCCCAUGUCUGUCUGACACAAGCCAGGAAUACAAAAGAAAAAGAUUUCAAAGAGAGGGAUUAUUGUUGGACUGCCCCAAACAGGGAGCAGAGCCCCUCUCCUCCCCCUCUUUCCCCUAUUCCCUCAGAUGACUGUAAGAAAACCAGUGAAAAGCCACCUUCUCUCUUUCGCCUCAGACAGACCGAGGAAGCUGAUCUAAUGGUUAAAAACAGUCCUGCUAGUGUGAGUUGCAUGGCUGCAGAUCUGGAUACAGCCGCAAAGAUGGAGCUGCAGUGUAGGACUGCAGAAAGUAGCCGGGCAGAGCAGAACCCAAGCGGGACUUUACUCCAAGAUGUUAUGAAUCGCUUCAGUCAGAAACUGGAGACUAUCACACCUCUGGACAAGGACCCCACACUAGUUUCCACAGCUUACCUUGUUUCUGAGAAGGAACAGUCACAAUUUCCAUCAACCAGUCAGAGCCUACCGUUUAAUGGUGAUGCUCAUAUAACUGAAAUCAUUACCACCGUGCUUCACACAGGUAAUGCUAGUGACUACAACCUUAAAGAGCUGUUUAACCGCCACGAUAACAGAGAGCCCAAGUCACCCAAUACACGUUCCCGACGGCGGAGGGAAAUUCAAAAUGCUUUAGCAWCACCUGCCGAUGAUGCUUCUUCAAGAAGGCAUAACUUAGAAAUAAAACGAAAGCUUGCUAUGCUUGAGCCAUCGUGCAACAGAAGCAAGGUGGGCCUAGCCAAGAGAGCAAGGGUGAAAAAUGCAGCGGUUUCCAUAACCACAUCAGGCGCUUCCUCUGACCUAAAUUUCAUAAAAGAUAUGUCUAAAACUAAAACCGAAGAAGCAAAGGAGGAGGGAAAAAAGGGAGAAAUAUUCCAGGGGCAAAACAAGCCUGCUGUCUCUAAUACUCAGCAUCCAUCUGAGCAGCAGAACAGGAAUAAAACACCAGACCCACAAAGCGAUCAUGUAAAAACAGACGGGGUAGCGGUGGCUGUCAAACAUGCCAAAAACAGUCCWAGUCCUUGCAAAGUGAAUUGUAAGCAUAGAAAUGUGUCAAGUAAUGAGAGUCAUGAAGAAACCUCUUUAGUUCAAAGCAACACGAGCAAUACACCAGAAAAUGUGACACACAGUUCUGUUAGAGAAGUUGAAAAAUGUCAGUCUGAUGAUUCUGGAGCACAAAGGAAAUCUGCAAGAAAAAUAGUCCUUCCACAGCGAUUUAACUCUUUCAUUACAUGUUACAUUUCUCCAUUUAAAAAUGCAGAUGCUAAUGAUGCCCAACCUAAGUCAAGAAAUGAAGCCCCCCUGUCUUCAAAUGAGGACUCGGGGGAACUUAUUUUUAAAUCAACACAAAAAGAACCACCUGGACCAUCACACACACAGUCAAAAGAUCUGGGCCAUGUUUUGGCUGAAACUUCAACUAUGACAAAGGCAAUUUUGGAAAAGCAUAGUCACGAAAAAGAAACUGAUGCUAGAAGACUAAGAUCAUCAACAAAAAAAUUGCAGGUUUCAAACAAUAACCAAAGCUCAUUAGAUGAUAACAAUAUUGAGUCAGCCUGUGUUGAUAUUCCUCUUGUUCCCCAAGUCCAGUUCAUAAGUCCAAUUAAGCUCAUGUUUGUAACACCAGUAAAAGACAAAGAAGGAGUUAAAUACAGUCUCAAAUCAGCCAGUAAUGGUUCUACUUCACAAGCAGAACCUUUUGACCCUUGUGAAGAGUCUUCAUGGUCAGGAACACCUCCGAGGCACAAAAGGCAGAACAAAGGGAGUGCAGCAUUACCAGUAAAGUCAGUUCUCACACCUAUCAACCCUUUAACCCCACGUACAUCACCUGCUUCUUCACCGUCAAAGUUGGCAUCGUCACCGACGUUGGCCUCUUCUCCGAAGCCGACCUCUUCUCCAAAGUCGGCAUCUUUUCCAAAACCGACCUCUUCUCCAAAGUCUUCAUCUUCACCCAGGUCAGUCACCUCAUCACCUAAGAUUAGAAGAUCAGGUGAUGGUACUCCACCUAAGCGUUUGUCUGAGCCAGAGUCUCAGCGAUUAUCAGGUGACUUGCCCUCUCUCUGUGAAACCACUCCUCCAAAAAGGGGUCCAGGCCGACCAAAGAAGCUGGGACCACAGCCGGAGCAAAGAGUGAAGAGGCCCAUUGGUCGUCCACCUAAACAGAAAACUGUAGGAGCUGUUGUUGAGGCAAAACCACUGAAUGAAAAAGAGUCUCUUUCAUCUCAUGAGGAUAACGUUGUCAAGAACCUCAAAAUAACUGUCUUGUAUGGUCGUUCAAGGAGAAACAUACGAAUGGUGUCUGAGAGUUUUGACCAGCUGCAGAAAGGCCAUGCUGUAAAAAAUGAGAGGGACUUGGCCACUUUAAUACAUCGUUCUAACAGUAGCUCAGGUACCAUUAAAACAGGCUCAGCAGAGUUGAAUCUUAUUAGUCUUGUUAAAGAGUGUGUCCCUCAAUCRAACACCAACAUCAAAUAUCAAAAGCGGGAACAAUAUGAACCCUUAAGGAAGCCAGGGAGGCCUGCAAAAAUUAAAAUCUCUGGGAUCUCAGUCACUGUUGCUACAGUUUCACCUCGGCAGCGCAAAAUUCAGAUGAAUAAAGAUACUGCGCAGUCAUCUGAAACACAAGCUGCAAAGAAAGCCCUCCUACCAGAAUUCAAGUCUGCAACAGAGCCUUGCUCAAUCAGCUGUCAGUUAUCAAACAAAACUAAUGAAACUGAGGUUUUAGAAACAACAAAAAAUCCAGCUGAACUGGCAAGUCCACCUGUAGCAGUGCGGCACUCAAUGAGGGAGAGAAAACCCUCGAUACACUUCCUGCACGCCGUUGCGACCUCCACAUCUAGAUCGUACAGUUGCAGCAGUGCUCUGCUGCGCCGCUCUAAAAAACUUCUGCUGACCAAAGCAAGCAACGAAAGGAAACAGGAGGAGCAGCAGAGUGGUGCUGAAACUUCAAGGGAGAAAAGACAGGUCUGUGGGAAAGAAAGGGAAAUCGUCGUCCGAGAUCUGAGCAAAGUGGCACGGGUGUCAUUAGAUUCAAUCUUUAGCCCAAAGGAGACGCUGCGCUGGUGGGCACCAUCAGCAGAGGAAAAGACAAUGAACCAGGAGCUUGCCAGGCGAAUACGGGUCAUCUCCAACACAUGGGUCUCAGACUCUGUUGAUAAACGAGACAAAGGACCAGCCUUUAACUCUAAACUAGACACUGAAGGGAACAACUCAUUUACCAGGAAGUCGAAGAAAUCUUCAGUGGUUCGUACGCUGUUCGACUGUUCGCCCAACAAACCGAGGUCGUGUAGCAUGCGGCAGAUCUGCUCCUGGUUCAUGGAGACCACAGAGACACAGUCUCUGGCUAUUGUAAAGAAGGCAAGCUCCCGAAAUCCUUAUGAACUUAUGCACUUCCCCCGUUCCGCCAAUAAAACUAGUGUUUGCCAGAGUCCUCAGGCAGAGCGGCUCCGCAAACACAUCAAGAAGUUUGCCAAGACUGUUCCAAAGAGUCCUCUGCAGCAUCAGCAGGCUCAGCGCCGACUGAGGAAGAAGAGAAGGGUUUGUAAGGUCAGACGGCAACUUUUUGUUUCUAGCUUUGCGGUGAGCAAACGCAGUCGAGGAGUCAUGUGGUGGAGAUGCACUUUGUCAAGUAAAUUUUGGGCCACUCUGGGUAGAGCAAGAAAACGAUUUCUGACCCAGAAAGAAAGGGAAAGAUGGCAAAAGAAGCAGAGAAACAAGAAAAAAGUUAAAGUAAAAACAUCUUUCUCAAAUGAGCUCGUAGCAACUGGACUACAAUCGAACCAUAAAGCAUCAUACAGAUCAGCAAAAGCUCUGUUCUCAGACUGUGCCAGGAAUAGUCCUCCCUCCUCUUCUGGCAGCCAAACUCAGGAGCAUGUAGAUGUUCAACAGGGGCAGAAGCUCUCCUCCAAAGCCUGGAGUCCCGAGACUCUGAAGGAAUGCCGCGUGUUUCUCAGGAAGAUUAACUCUCCAGGCAACGAGUCAGCCGAGGAGUGGGACUCCUGUACUGUGACACUGGACGACGGCUCGCCUUCGGCGUACCUUUAUGCAGGAAAGGAGAAGGAACUGGAAGGAGUUGUUAAAGCUGUGAGAAGUGAACAAAAAAUGAGCAUGAAGACGAGGGCUGCCUCAAGAGAACCAACGGGUUCUGGACCUAAAUCAGCCCAGGAGCAGGAUGUAGUUCCAGUGGGGAGGAAGAGGAGCAAACUCAAACAUCCCGGGGUUGAGUUGCAACAACCACCAGCAAAACUGUUGAGACAAUCGCGAAUGCGGGGCCUGACGGGGCCGAGAUGGUGCGACUUUGUGUUUGAAAACUAAAUGAAGCAAGAGGCUGCCUGCUGGAAAUGGGACUGUGGUUUAACGUGGUGCCUUUGGACAUUAAGCUGACCACCUGGACUGACCUUCUGACAAAGGUUUAGUUCAUUCAGCACUCAUGUAGCAGUCUAACUUAAAAGCUUGAUGUUGCACUAUUUUUACCCAUAUUGAACAUGUUGUUUUUUUGUCAUCUUGCCUUUGGAAUGUGUAUAGAACAAUUUAUUACAUCGGAGUUUUGAUGGGAUUUUUAUAAAGUGAGCCCUGUUCAAGUUGCUUUGGAGGGAAAGGAAAAGCUUGACUGCAUUAAAAAGGUGUUUUCUCCCCUAGAAAACACCUCAUUACGAAGGUUAAAGCAACUUCUAAAUAACUUAAAUUUUUUAUUUUUUACUGUUUUAAGACACUCCUACUCCAAACCUUAACCUUUAUUUAUAUAAAAAAGUCUUACCUUAACCCUCUUAAUAUUCUAAUUAAUCAUUUGCUUUAUGUUAAAGUUAAGGGUAAAAUUAGUGUUAAACUUUCAAAUCCGAGCCAUUGUUUUGUUUUUUUUACAGUGUGUGUAAGCCAUACAAUGUAUUAAAAAAAACAACCAUUUGUUCUCACUGUCUGACAUUACAUCAGACUAAAUAAACCUUGCUUCUUUCAGUUAAGUUAGGAUUCCCCAAAUUAUUUCUUUUUGUAAAUGCAUGAAUAAUGCGAGUGUGAGAGUAAAACCCUUCAAGGAACAAUUUGUUAUUGAAGAAUAAACCAGAGUUGUGGAGGUCAACAAGUCUCUCUUACUGACAUCUUGGCUGAUAUCAUUUAUUUUACCGCACCCAAAUACUGUCACAAAGAAGCACUGUGUUUGAGUUGUGCCUCUACUGAACUCUAAUGUUGUCAACUAACAAAUAGUUUUGGGAAUCCUGAUCUAAAAGAGGAAGUUUAGUUUGAUUUAAUGGCAGUGACACUUUCAAUGAAGGAAUUAUUUAAAUCUUCCCAUCUAUGAUGACUUGUUUAUGGCUCCAAUCUGAGCACCAUCUUCACCUACAGUGGUUUAACUUAUACCAAAACUGAACAGUGCAUUUUUUUUUACACCAAACUGCAAGUUCUUACCCCACAGAAACAGGGUUGUAUGUUAAAAUAAUUCCAUUAUAUCGCUUCAGAACAUAUUUUGUUUUACUGGUUUGAGGGGGUCUGUUUAACAGAUGAGUGUCUCAUUUUCACCCACAGCAUUUACUGUUGCUUUUUUCACUGCCAGAUGAACUUCUUGCACUAGUUUGAGAUUAUUAACCCCACUCUAGAUUCCUCCUCUCAUGUUUUGCACAUCCCGUGUCCCGGUACCAACCCUCAUCGUCUCUGGUGCAAUACAAACCCAGAUUAUUUCUCGUUAUGUCAAAGUGAUUUUAUUGUUGACAAAUGGAUGUACACAAGCACCAAUGGCCUGGGAUUUUACUUCACCUGUUUCGUUAGCAAUGAGAUAUUAAGACCCUGUAGGCACAGGUGUGAUCUUAGUUACGUCAGCUUUCAGUACGUUAAAAACUAAUUCAAUAAAUGCUCUACUGCCUGUGUUCCCUCUCCUCAAAGAAGCUAAAAAACUAAUUUUAUCACAGCAUUAAAUUUAUCCUGAUUGCAUUAUUCAGUGGAUACACAGGUGGGAGAUGUUUUUCUUUUUUUAAUAAGUUGCAGCACAAAUGUUUACCCUCACUGGGGCUGCACUAACAGCUUGUUGGCUUCUCAGUUGUGUUAAAGAUCAGAGUUGACUGAAUAAACACUAAUUUUAAAUCAGUUCUUCUCCUGCCAUAGGUGGGAAUUCCAGGGGGAUUCUGUGGGUCUAGACCUCUGAAAUUUUUGAGAAUGGAUUUUAAUUCUCCGAGUUACAUUAUAAUUGGUCUAUUCCCCCUGAAUUUCAACUUUUAGACCUGACAUGUUCUGGUUUUAGGUUAAAGCUGUUCUGAAUAAUUUCUAACUACCGUUUAUUUAUUCUUUUAUGUUUGUUACAAUUGUUGCCAUGUUGUCUGAGGGAGAAUAUGAACCUCAGUCCUGUUUGAUAAACUUGGUGCUCUGCUGAUUUUUUUUUUUUUUUAUUGUGGAUUUUAUACUGCCAUUACAGAGGCAAARAAGUGUCUGUAACUGGAUGAAUAAAAAGUCUUUUCAACUAA